AUGCUGAAUGGUUCCUCGGGAUUAGAAUCUUACGGAACCGUCUACUUUACGAGCGUUGCGGAGCGGUAUAACCUUACUGGACGAGCACGUGUAUGGACACUAGGGGCUAUGGAGAAGCUUGACCUAUUUGAGGGAUGCAGCGAAGAAGGCUUCGACCCUCGCCUAGUUCCUUUAGAACCUAGGGCCUAA